AUGUGCAACGCUGUGGGAAUACUGCAUGGCGGCGCGCUCAUGUCCUUCUGCGACGCCGCUCUUUUCGUCAUCGCGCGAGAGCACACGUUCGAGACAACCGGAAGGGUCUUCGUGACCCUGAGCUUCAGCAUCGACUUCCUUAGCCGCUGCCGUGCCGGGGCACAAGUCCUUGCGGGGGGACAGGUGGUGAAAGUCUCGAAUGAGAAGGAUCUCAUCCUGGUCCACGGCUGGGCCAAAGCAGGAAGUGACGGAGGCCGUCUCCUGGCAACCUUCCGUGGCACGCUGCGCUUCGCAGGGCCAGCGCUGAUCCCCGGCCACAAGAGCCACAGGAACCAGCUUGCAAGGUUGUGA